AUGGUGAGAGGUGUAAAAUUAAGUAACGACGCUCGGGAAAUAUUAUACAGAGUAUAUAUAUAUUUUACGUUGGAAGCCGAAAAGUUUGAAACUGAUGUAAGAUAUUUCGGAAAAGUAAGGUAUCGUGUUGCACAGGCUACAGGUAUUUCAACGAAAACUAUUUAUCAUUUAAUAGCUGCGAAGGGAAAACCUGGCACAGAAAAUUUUACAAAAGCAUUAGAAUCGUUAAAAAGGAGUAGCGAAACUUACAAUUUGCCAGAUGAAGAAGAUGAUACAAGUGCUGCGAAAAAAAGUAAAAUAAAUGGAUGUGAAACAAAUGUUUCGGAAGUAGAAAUUUCUGAGCCGAUCUAUGAUUUAACAGUUGAUAAACCUGAACCGCCAACUCAAAAAAAACAUUCAAGUGAAGUAAAUAUUCAAACCAAAGAAAACCCCUGUUUCGUAACACAGAGAAAACUAUAUGUAAAAACUACAACUGUAUACACUACAAAAGGAGGUCCAGCUAUUUCCAAAAUGAAUGACAUUGAAAAAAUUCUCGGCAUCAAACAGCCAAAUGUUGAGCCUGAAUCAAAUGUUAAUUCCAUGCAAGCCUACACAGACUAUAUAAGCCCUAAUCUGCCCAAUACCCAAAAGGUGUUUCAGAAAGCAACUGACAAAACUAAAUGUCUACCUGAGGUGGUGUUUAUAAAAGCAAAAAAUAGUAUACAAAAUAUUGUACACACAUCUGGUUCUACAUCGACCACUGUACCUAAGAAACCCGAGCGAACCAUUAUAAAAGUGCAUCGUAUACGACAGAAAAACGCUGAGACCACAACCACACCGGAAUGCCAAAAUAUAGUUGUAAAACCUAUUGUUACACCAAACUUCAUAAAACUAGAAUCUCAAUAUAAAUCUGCAAAGAUAGAUCCUGUCAUGUCAUGUCAUAAAAACGCUGAGACCACAACCACACCGGAAUGCCAAAAUAUAGUCGUAAAACCUAUUGUUACACCAGACUUCAUAAAACUAGAAGCUCAAUAUAAAUCUGCAGAGAUAGAUCCUGUCAUAGGUGCAGAUAACGUCAAGGUUGAAAUUAAAACAGAAACAAAUUAUGACAAUUUUUAUUAA